UUAUCAGUAUUGUCAGACCAAGCCUGAGAGCUUCUUAGUGUUAUUAAUAAUUGAAAAUAAAAUUGAUUAAAACAAAACACACUCUGGAAAAUUACUCAAAACUCCUUCUUCUUCUUCUUCUCUGUCCGUCUCUCUUCAUCGUCGCGUCGUCUUCUUCUUCUCCAUCUCGUCUCUUUCUCUCUCGCUCUCUGCGCUACUAGUUCGUUUUCCUGAUGAAUUCUCACAAAACCGAAGAAGUUCUGUUCCACCACCAUCAUGAUCUUGGUCCGACGGCGGACUUAAUCGUUCAAUCACAACCCUCUGUUCUCCACGACCACCACAAUUCCGAAGUCGAUCCCGAUUUUUCUCUCCCGGAAUUCGUCCUCUUCCGUUCUUCUCCUUCCGGAGAUUCUCCCGGUCACUCCUCCGACGAACACGACGAUGCGUCUCAUCCCUACGCCGGAGCCCCCAAAAUCGAUGCUUCCUCAAAUUCUAGGGUUUCGAGUGGAGGAAGGGAUGAGUUUUUUAUCAGCCCCGAUCCUCAUAUCUCAUCUCAGUUCUACACAUUCAACUCAGAUUCGCACUCCCUCAUGAUUCGCUGCCUCCGCGAGGGGCGUCUCGCUACUCCGGCGGAGAUCCGCCUCGCCACUCCUAGGUCUGUCCUCAAGUCAUGGCGCUGCGUUUGGAAAGACCGAAACGAGGAAACGGCUUACCUCACUGCCUGGAAACGGAUCCAGGAUAAGCUGACCUCGCGCCUGGAUCCAGCCACCGGUAAUGAAUUUCUUUGCUUCAAGAAUAAUUCUCAGCAAUUCGUCUCUCACAUUAACCAGUGGCAAGAUAUAGUCAUGGGCUUUCACGGUGAUGGUGAUUUGAAACACCUAGGCCCCAAAGAAACGAUUGAAAGGAUUAAACAAGUUUGGACCGUCGGUGCUAAGCUCUAUGGCAUUCCCGAGAGCUUUAUCAGGGUUUGUGUAGCGGCAUGUCCUAUUUGCAAUGCUGAGUCUGGUUCUGGUUCGAGGAACAAACGCCGUCGGUUUGAGUAUACAGAGUCUUUUGAUGUCCCUGCCAAGGAUGUUCCCGAUAGGUUGCAGCAACUGGCUGCCAAGCACAAGGUUGUGCUCUGUAUUAGGCAGAAGUAUAUUAGGUAUAAGCCAUUUAUGGCUGAGGUGAAGGAUUAUGCUUGUCAUAGAGCUGGAGAGCCUGCCUCAAUUAAGAAGGCUAGGAUUUUGAAGAGGGAGCCUUAUCAGUCAAAGAAAUGCGGCUGUGGUUUUAGGAUUAGAGCUAUUGUGCCCAUUGCUAACUACAGUGAAAAGACCAAAACUUUUGUAUAUCAGGAAGAAGGGACUGCUGUUUUUAAGCUAUACGCUGUCCAUUCAGGGCAUGAGCCGGGCGCAACGGAUGGAAAUGCGAGGAUCAUGCAUCGGGUCGUUGGUCAUAAGGGGUUUUUGAUGGAUCAAGAGACCGUCUAUGGAGUGCAAGAAGAAUUGGAAACCGAAGGGAUCAGUGGCGAUAUGCGUUUUGCUGUCUUGCAUCAGGUGCAGGAACUUAGGAGUGAACUUGGCACUCUAGAAGGAAAGAUUGGGAAGUUUCCACAAGAGAUGUUAAAUUCGGUGUCCAGCGAGUUGUUUGAGAUGCUCAACAAGAUCAGGAAUUUCCGCGAUGAGAGUGUUCUUGGGGAUGAGAGUGUAAUCGGCGAUGAGAGUGCUAAGGAAACAACGGGCUUGCUUCCGGACAAGUCACACUCAGAUGAAAUACUUGUUGGAGAUAACGAUCUAGCACAUUGGAGUGACCAUCAUCACGAGCAUUUAUAUGGAGAUGGGAAGGAUGCAGAGCUUAUUGAAGACGAAGAGGACAGUUUUGGGAGAAGCCUUGAUGAUGUUGUUCCUUGGGAACAGAUAAGCCCACCCUCGGGUUGUGGAAGUCAAAAGGAUAUCUUGUCUGAGACAUGCAAGCCUGAGAAAUGGUUGAAGUGCAAUGAUUUUGAUGAGAAGAGCAUUCUGAAUAGUCAAGAUUCUAAAUUAACAAAACCGAUGAGUCAUGAUGGAGCUAGUAUAGAAUCAGAUAUAGGUUUAGCUGGUAUACAAGUCGAUAGCUUCUAUCAAGAAAACUCCAAGUGGUAUGAUUCUCCCUGUGGUUUGGAUUCAAACACAGACGGUGAAGACAAUGGAUUCAGACAUGGGGAGAUUUUGUAGAAGCACGAGUUGACUUGGGAGUUGGGACAAUCUUGUUCUGGAUAUAUAGUAGGAUAAUUCUGGAAUCUUUCUGUACAGGUUCAGUAGAACGCCAACAUCGUCUUACGAUUAUAUUUGUAAUUGUGUUGCUACAACCUUGCUUGGACAGUUACAAACUUGAAUAUGUGUUUCUAGACUCAAUGGAACUGGUUUGUCCAAGAUUUUAAAUUAAUUAACCUUUUCUCUAA